CGGCGCGGCGGCUGGGGCCGCGGCGGGGCCGGGGGAGGGGGCGGCCAUCUCGCUCCCGUCGGCGGAGCGACUCGGCGGCGGACAGGGCCGGGCGGUGCGGGCCGGGCUGCGUUCCGUUUUCUCGGCGCUGGGUUUCUGUUUUGCCCCCCGCGGCUUUGGGGCGGGCCGGGCCCGCGGCCCCUCCUCCCGGCUCUCUCCUGGCUGCCUAGCAGCUGUCGUUCGAGGGCGAGGCCUCCGUGGCCGCACCACCCGUCUCUCGGACCGCGGGGGCCCCUGACCCUUCCCAGCCCGCGGGCCGGCGGGGCGCCCCGGGGCGGGAGGGGGAGGGAACGGGAGCGGCAGUCCGCGACCAGAAAUGCCAGGCGGCCUUGACCUCUAGGCGAUGGGACGGGGUGAAGCGAGCCGGGACGGGUCUUCCUGAUUCGUUCACAUUCCUGCCGCUUCCUUCCAGUUGAGCCUUCGGGCCCAGGUCACCAAGUCACUGGCUUCUCCCGUUUUCUCUGGCCUCUCCGUCGUGUCUGUUUCGGGGCGUUCUUGGAAACCCUCCAGCAUUUCUUGUAUCUGUGAGUCCUGAGUCGUAGGGAGCGGUCACACACAAGAAUGAAAUUUCACCUCCUAAAAUGUGGGCGUGGCUUUCCUGAUGAUCCUCCGAAAGUUGGUGUUGUGCAGAAGUGUACCUCCUCUUUUGAGCUUUGCCCGAAGUUUUUACAUACAAAUUCUACUAGUCACACUUGGCCAUUCAGUGCAGUUGCUGAAUUAAUAGAUAAUGCUUAUGAUCCUGAUGUGAAUGCUAAACAGAUAUGGAUUGACAAAACAGUGAUAAAUGACCAUAUAUGCUUGACAUUCACUGAUAAUGGGAAUGGUAUGACUUCAGAUAAGUUACAUAAAAUGCUAAGCUUUGGCUUCAGUGACAAAGUCACCAUGAAUGGUCAUGUCCCAGUUGGAUUGUAUGGGAAUGGCUUCAAGUCAGGUUCUAUGCGUUUGGGUAGAGAUGCAAUCGUGUUUACCAAAAAUGGAGAAAGCAUGAGUGUGGGCUUCUUGUCUCAGACCUACUUGGAAGUCAUAAAAGCAGAACAUGUUGUUGUCCCAAUAGUGGCGUUCAACAAACACCGACAGAUGAUAAAUUUAGCAGAAUCAAAAGCAAGCCUUGCAGCAAUUCUGGAACAUUCUCUGUUUUCUACGGAACAGAAAUUACUGGCGGAACUUGAUGCUAUUAUGGGUAAGAAGGGGACGAGGAUCAUCAUUUGGAACCUUAGAAGCUACAAAAAUGCAACAGAAUUUGAUUUUGAUAAGGAUAAAUAUGACAUCAGAAUUCCUGAAGAUUUAGAUGAGACAACAGGGAAGAAAGGGUACAAGAAGCAAGAGAGGAUGGACCAGAUUGCUCCUGAGAGUGACUAUUCCCUAAGGGCUUACUGCAGUAUAUUAUACCUAAAACCAAGAAUGCAGAUCAUCUUACGUGGACAGAAAGUGAAGACACAGCUGGUCUCAAAGAGUCUUGCCUACAUUGAACGUGAUGUUUAUCGACCUAAAUUUUUAACUAAAACAGUGAGAAUUACUUUUGGAUUCAACUGCAGAAAUAAAGAUCAUUAUGGGAUAAUGAUGUAUCACAGAAAUAGACUCAUCAAAGCUUAUGAAAAAGUUGGAUGUCAGUUAAGGGCGAACAAUAUGGGUGUUGGAGUAGUAGGAAUUAUAGAGUGUAACUUCCUAAAGCCAACUCAUAAUAAACAAGAUUUUGACUAUACUAAUGAGUACAGGCUGACAAUAGCAGCAUUAGGAGAAAAGCUGAAUGAUUACUGGAAUGAAAUGAAAGUGAAAAAAAAUGCAGAAUAUCCUCUAAAUUUGCCAGUUGAAGAUAUUCAGAAACGUCCUGAUCAGACAUGGGUUCAAUGUGAUUCCUGUCUAAAGUGGCGAAAAUUACCAGAUGGAAUAGAUCAACUUCCAGAAAAAUGGUAUUGCUCCAAUAACCCUGACCCACAGUUCAGAAAUUGUGAUGUUCCAGAAGAACCUGAAGAUGAGGAUUUGGUGCAUCCAACUUACGAAAAAACCUACAAAAAGAAAGAUAAGGAGAAAUUCAGGAUCAGACAACCGGAAAUGAUCCCUCGGAUUAAUGCUGAACUUUUGUUUCGGACACCCCCCGGAUCAGGUCAAAGCUUUUCUCCUGUGAAGGAAAGCGUUCCAAGAGGACAUCUUUCAGAAGUGGCAAAUACUUACGCAACAAGACUCAUAAAUAAUCAUCGAGGUUCACCCCAGUCUGAACCUGAGAGCAACAACCUGAAACGGAGACUUUCUACUCGUUCAUCCAUUUUGAAUGCAAAGACGCGGAGACUGAGUAAUCAAGCAUUUGAAAAUUCAACUUACAAAGAUGAUGAUGAUGAAGACGUCAUCAUUUUAGAAGAGAACAGUACUCCCAAACCUGCCAUAGAUCAUGACAUUGAAGUGAAAUCAGAGCAGGGUCACAUCGAGCAAAGUGGUCAUCAGGUCGAGCCUGUGGCUGAGAAGGAACCUUGUGCCCAGACUGGUUCAUCGGGCAUCUCAUCAUCCAGGUGUGAUCAGGGAACUACUGCAGCCACCCAGACAGAAGCCCCGAGUGUAGUUGUUAAAAAGGAAGAAGCACUCGAAGAUGAGAUAGACGCACGAAAUGACGCGGCUAUGCCGCCAGCCUGUGUGGAGGCUGAAGGGAAGACACAAGAAACCCAGGAAACCUUUGAUAAAUCUGCAGGUGAUGCUAGUUGCCAGUUAAAUGAACUGAGAAAUGAACUGCUUCUAGUUACCCAAGAAAAAGAAAAUUAUAAAAGACAGUGUAAUGUAUUUACUGACCAAAUCAAAGUGUUACAACAGAGGAUACUGGAAAUGAAUGACAAAUACGUGAAGAAGGAAACUUGUCAUCAAUCUACCGAAACCGAUGCUGUAUUUUUGCUUGAAAGUAUUAAUGGCAAAUCUGAAAGUCCGGACCAUGUGGUAUCUCAGUAUCGGCAAGCUUUGGAGGAAAUAGAAAGGCUGAAAAAACAGUGUAGUGCUUUGCAACACGUGAAGGCCGAAUGCAGUCAGUGUGCCAGUAGUGAGAGCAGAAGUGAAGUGGAUGAAAUGGUUGUGCAGCUUGAUGACGUGUUUAGACAGCUGGACAAGUGCACUGUGGAGAGGGACCAGUACAAAAGUGAGGUUGAAUUAUUGGAAAUGGAAAAAUCACAAAUCCGUUCACAAUGUGAAGAACUGAAAACUGAAAUUGAACAAUUAAAAUCUACAAAUCAACAGUUAGGAGCAGAUGUUUCAACUUCAAGUAACAUUGAGGAGUCUGUAAAUUACACUGAUGGGGAAAGCCUCAAACUUCGAUCUCUUCGAGUUAACGUAGGACAGCUGUUGGCCAUGAUUGUACCUGAUCUCGAUCUUCAGCAAGUGAAUUAUGACGUUGAUGUGGUUGAUGAAAUUUUAGGACAAGUUGUCGAACAAAUGAGUGAAAUCAGUAGUACUUAAAGUCUACUUGAUGUGAGACAAUAAAUAUAUUUGCUCAAUCCUGUGGUUGUAUAGCUUUCAGAGUGGAAACACUUUCGUUUUAUAGAUACGACAGGUGACAGACGGAAGAACCAUGAUCUUUACUGUAUCCUAUGCAUUCAGGUGUGCUCACAAGUACUGUGGGCACACUUACCACACCUUUUGAAAUGCCUGAGAAUCAUUCUUACAGAACGGCUGAACAGCUCACUCAUGAUUCUGUUUUGAAGUGUAAAUACUUGUAAUUAAGUCUGCACAUAUUUUUUUAUUACCCUAGAGGACUUAAGUGUUUUCCACCGAGAGCUUUUCAGGUUGCCCCUAACCUUUGUGCAAUUUUUUCUGGUUCCCAAAGUGUAUUUUUCUCUGAAGUGAGGGCCGUGCCAUAAUACAAAUGGAAAUGUUACCUUUGAUUUUCCUACAGAAAAGUUUAGACAGGAUUUUUAAAAAAUGGAAUUACGCUCCUGAUAAAGUGUAAGUGAAUUGAACAUUAAUGUUUCUUUUCUAUAAAUUCUUAUCUCCUGAAAUAUUUUAUUCAUGGAAAUAAGGUAAGCAGAAACUGUCCAUCCAUUUUGUCAGGAUUUUCCUUGUGCUGAGAUUGCCAAUCAUGGUUAAAUGCAGUGUUUUUAUAGAACAAAGAAACAAUCUUUAGUAUAAAAAAGCAUCAAAAAUAUUAAAUGUCCCACCACAUUUACUUUGAAGCCCAUUUUUGGCUGCUUAGUCAGCAUGGAGUGGGCACAGUAAUUGUUUAAUAUUUCUUUUUGUGAAAUUUCCUGUACAGCCUUUUGUAGGAUUACUACAGGUUAAUGAGAGUUGAGGAAGACAGUCUUUCUCACACAGUACAGCAUACCUUUCAUUAUAUUACAGAGCUAAGUGUUUUAUGUCCUGGAGGUAAGCAGCAAACUGCCCUAGGAUUAUAGUAUUACAUGCCAUAAAAAUUAUGCUUUAUUCGUCCCUUGUUUGUGCAAUUUUAAAGAGAUGGCUUUCUAUUAAGUAUAACUAUGUAUAUAUAACUAAGAAUCGUAUUUUCCACAACUGAAAUGUGCAUUAUUUUUUUUUCAAAGUUUUAUCAUUGCUUAUUUAUUUUUACUUUUGUUUCUGAACAUUCAGUACAUGUUUCUUUUAUAUGUAUGCUUAAUUACAUGUCUUUCAUAUACAAUAUUAAAUUUUUACUGUAUAUUAACUUCUAGAAAAGGCAAAUAAAUGAAGGUUGUUUUUAUUUGCUUGAUAAAAUAAUUGAAAGUGUAUUUUUGGUAUGAAGCUGGUUUUCUGUCCUGAUUGUAUCUGCUCAAAUUUUAAAAUAUCUUGUAAUAAAAUAAAAAUAUAUAUAAUGGCUAAUUCUUCAGAUACUACUUUUAAAGAAUUCUAUAUUCAGAUUAUAUUUUGGAAAUAAACUGUCCUUUGAAGACCCUCAAGUUGAGCUCAUUUUAAAAUCUAUAUUAAUUACAAGUUCUAUUAGGAGACCAAGAGUGUUUCCAUUAAUACUCUAAAAACUGAGCUCAUCUUGAGAGAGUGCGUGCGUGUGUACAUGUAUUUUACAUUCAAGAAAAGGCUCUUUCUGUAAAUCGUUUAGCCUAAAGAAACCUUGCUUAAAUGAUAGCAGCAAUGUAGAGCAUGUCUAAGUUUGUGAAUAUUUAUGUAGCAGUUCUUUCUGGAAUUUUCUAUUUUCUCCUUCUUUGGGUCAGCUAUAUUCUUGCAAAAAUCUAUAUUUUAUAUGGCUAUUAUCUUGCUUUUAAUGGGAAAGUCAUAGAAUUAGUAAGUUUGCUUGCUAAAUUGAUUCUUUGAAAGUACUUACAUAUUUUUCACCCUUUAAGAAAAUAUUGCCAAGAUGUAAUUCUUUGAAAAUGUAACUAACAAAAUUUAACAGAACAACAACAUGAGCUUUCAUGUAUAUAUCAUAUUUAGGUAGCGAUAUCUAUAUUUUGUUGUUAAGUUAAUUUGUAAAACACUAGUGGGGGGACAGUGGUGUUUAAAGUCAGUAUGAGGAAGUAAACCAGCAUCAUCCACAAUCCCUGCAAACAGAACGCAGGAGUGGUGUGUGGCAUAUUAUUGUGUCUUUUUGGAGGGGCCUCAAAUUCCUAAUGUGGGCAGGUACUGCUGGGGAUUCUGCCCAUGGUCUCAGACACUUAAUUCUUGUGAUCAACAGCCCAUUAGUUCAUUAUUUGUCAUCGAAGGAUAAUUAAAGUGAUAAUCUGGUGGUUUUCACCCCUGGCUGCCUAUUAGAAUCACCUGGGGGAGUUUUUAGGCUUCCCAUGCAAGGAUGCAUCCCAUACUAAUUAAGUUAAUUAGGUUAAGAGUUGGGCCUAGAUACUAAGUAUUUUUUUAAAAGCCUCCCAGUGAGCCAUCAGAGCUGAGAACCACUGAUCUUUACCUUCCUGGAAUGAGUGUUUACAACUGUUGAACUAGGUUCCUAAAACAAACUCGGGAUUUGCACAGCCGAUUUCUCACUGAGGUGAGCAAGGAGAGGAAAAAGGAAACAUAGUUGGUGUCCAAGUUAGAAGUGUAAAUGGGGCAGAAUGGUAUAAAGUGAAGAGUUACCCAGUGCUUCCCUAAGGUUAACCACUAUUGCUUUUCGUAUGUCCUUCCAGAAAAUAUUAGCUGCAUACGUAUACACACGUUCAUAUAUAUGCAUUCAGUUUAUAUUCAAUUUUAUAUCUUUAUAUUUGAUUAUAUAUUUGUAUCUCAAGUUUUCACAAAGAUGGUACACCAUAUAAUUGGUUAUCUUGACAUUUCCAUGUUACUUCUUUGAACAGGUUUGGCAACAUUCUAUGAUCUGCAUAUACUCCUAACACUCAGUGAUUUCUCAUGUUUUUGAUAUUACAAAAUACGCUACCAUGAAAAUUAAUACCUACCACACACACUUUUACAAGUAUACCCAGAGUGUAAAUUCUUUGCAGUGAAUAUUGCUAGUUCAAAGAGUGUAUGCUAUGUAACUUCUAAUAAAUGUUACCAUGCAAAAAUGAAUUUAAACUCCUAUGAAAAAUAAAAUACGUAUGAGUGUUUUUUUCCUCUA